ACAAUUUUAUGCUACUUUUCUUUCCAGCAACGGUAUUUCCGUAUUUCCAAUAUCAGCGAUAGCUGACGGUACUGAGGGUGGUUUGAUUUUUAUUUUCCUUGCCGUCUAAAGACCUUUUUGCUUCACCAAGAAGAAAUAUGAGCAGCCCUGCCGGUGUCCUUCGCUUCUUGCAUAUUAUCCAAAAUCUUAAGAAAACCAAACGAACGGGUUGGGUGGAUAAUGGAAUCAAGCAACCUGAGUCCAUUGCCGAUCACAUGCAUCGCAUGGGUAUCAUGGCAAUGCUAAUAGACGAUCCUUCGUUGAAUCGCGACAAGUGUAUCAAAAUGGCGAUCGUACACGAUCUAGCAGAAGCUGUCGUGGGCGAUAUUACUCCUCAUGCUGGUGUAUGCAAAGAAGACAAGUACAACAUGGAAAGCACUGCAAUGCGUGAUUUCCAAGCUCUGUUGGGUGAUACUGCCAUGGUUCGUGAAAUCGUAAACUUGUGGCAAGAAUAUGAAGAUGCACAGACUCCAGAAGCCUUGCUGGUCAAGGACCUCGACAAGUUCGAAAUGAUCGUGCAAGCGUUAGAAUAUGAAAAAUCCGAUAAAAAAUCACUUCAAUCGUUCUUUGAUUCAACCCAAGGCAAGUUCAAGCAUCCAGCUGUCAAAGCUUGGGCUGAAGCGCUUUAUCAAGAGCGUGCAAUUCAAUAAAUUGGAACUUGAGUAGCUUACAUUUCGGGCAAAGUUCGAAUGUGAUCAUGUUUUUACAAGAAUACCUGCAUAGGCUGAUAAGU